AUGGAAUCAGAAUCGGACACCCAUAAGUUUUGCAUUAUUGUUGGCGCUGGUGCAGGCGGUCUGAUCCAGGCAGCGGAGUUGUUGCGAAAGAAAGACCUGCAGCUGCAAGAUAUACAAAUCCUCGAGCGAAACAGUGAUUACGGUGGUGUAUGGAAGGCUGCAACUUACCCCGGGGCGGCUUGCGACGUAUUCAGUUGCACCUACCAGGUAAGCUGGCACCGAAAUCCAGACUGGAACUAUCUUUUCCCCACGGCCUCGGAACUUGUCCAAUACUAUAAAAACUUUGCAGAAUAUUUUGGGAUUCCGGAUUGCACUACAUUCAGUCAGAGCGUCACGCAGGCAACUUGGUCUGAAGAACGGUCAUUAUGGGUUUUAGAUGUACUAGAUGGAAGAUCUGGGACGCGCAAACGUUGGACUUGUCGCGUCUUAGUUCAGGCUGCCGGAACGUACAACCGGAAAUCCACACCUCAAAUUCCCGGGAUAGAUCGUUUCAAGGGCGACAUGUGGCAUGCCUCGGAAUGGCCAAUGCAUUAUGAUUUCACUGGCAAGAUCGUUGCAUAUGUGGGCACUGGACCAACGUCUGUUCAGGUGCUGCCAUAUAUCCAAGCACAAGCCAAAUCGGUCAAAGUGUUCUGUCGAAGCAUGACCUACUGCCAUCCGUUCAACAACUUCAAGUACCCAGCCUCGGUUAAAUGGAUAUUUCGUUGGGCCCCUGGAGUUCUCGCUUUAUACGCAUUCCUGGUUGCGAAUCUGUUUGCGAUCUGGGCAUAUUUUGCCUUUCGACCUGAAUCAUGGGUUGCAAAGAACACAGAACGACCACUGGUCUCACUCUCGGGUUUCUUUGAGACCAUCCAGAAGAACAACGUUGAGGUAAUCAGCGACCCCAUUAUUGCUGUGGAUGACGCUGGUAUUAUCAGGAAACGGCCGCAUACAGGUGAUGUCGUGUUACAGAUUGAUGAACCAGACAGAGAUGGCGACUCAUCCACAGAAUCUCAGACAAAAGAGCAAGACUCGCAUAUCGAAGCAGAUGUUCUUAUCUGGGGAACUGGAUUCAAAAUGCAAGGCUGGGGCGGAGCAGUACCUACGAUGGGCCGUAAUGGCCAACUUCUUAGCGAGCACUGGAGAGACUCCCCCAAUGCGUUAUACGGAACUAUGACAUCUUCAUUUCCCAAUCUCAUCUUUGUGAAUGGUCCUAAUACAACAACGCCUUGGGGAAGCUUAAUUCAAGGGCUGGAGAUGCAGGCUGCUUUCAAUCGCAAGGUCAUCCGACUCAUUCACAAAAAGUCGAUUACGAAUCCUUGCUAUACCCUAGAGCCCCGUCAAGAGAUGGAAGAAGCAUGGACGACGUCUAUGCAAGCAGAGCUAAACAAACUAGCUACCAGUCCGGAAUUUGGUCCAGCCUUUUAUUACUUGAACGAAAAAGGACAAAAUACGUUCUUUUUUCCGUGGACCCAGCAAUACUACCGAUGGAAGACAAGAACACUAGACAUUGCUCAGUACAUUGAGUCGGGGGUCGCAGAGUGCUAA